AUGGAGGCGCAGGGCUGCCUCUCCUUCUGCCCCAGCGCACCCCCGCCACCGCCCGCAAGCAAAGCCCCCCCAGCUCCAGGCCUGCAGCGGCGCACUUUCCAGGGCACCCAGAAGCUACCGACCCCCCCUCAGCAUCACCCGCUUCCCCCGCAGCCCUUGCGGCUCAGCCCCAGGCCGGGCCGCUACCCGGACACGGACCCUCCAGCCCCGGAGAAAGCGGCCCACAAAUACCUGGAGUCCCCCAGCCCGAGCCACCAGGCGCUGUCUGUCAACGGGAAGGCUUUCUACCAGGCCGUGGCCGAAGCUGGAACGAAAAGCGCCAAAGGGCAGGGGUACCACCCCGUGCCCACAGACUGCAGAGCCCAGCUGGAAGAAGCCCCUGAUCUCAGCUGCUCCCCGUCUGCUUCUCUGGGCAGCUUGAGGGAGCACAUCUCCCCCGAGCUCACUGACGCCAUGGAGCUAACCAAGAACAAGAACAAGAAGAGGAGGAACAGGACGACCUUCAGCACCUUCCAACUGGAAGAGCUGGAGAAGGUCUUCCAGAAAACCCAUUACCCCGAUGUGUAUGCCAGGGAGCAGCUGGCACUGAGGACAGACCUAACAGAAGCCAGGGUCCAGGUUUGGUUCCAGAACCGGAGAGCAAAGUGGCGGAAACGAGAACGUUAUGGGAAAAUCCAGGAGGCGAGAAAUCCCUUCGCGGCCACCUACGACAUCUCUGCCCUGCCCAGGGCUGAAAACUACCCUCAGGUGCCCGAUCACACAAAGUUGGUGGGAUUUAAGGGCACUCACAGGUUCGGGUCAAAUGUUCCAGGGCAGAAGAACGUGCAGCUCCGGCAUUGGGAGUUAUCUGCAGAAUAA